AUGGACAAGCAACACCGCGACCAAGGUCGCCAGCGAAAUGACAGAAGGCCUCCAUUGGAGGAACCUGAAGAAGUCGCCGGAAGCGACCCUUUUCCAGUUAGUUCACGAUUUGGCUACAAUAUUUUAGGGUUAAAAAAGAGUCAUAAUCGUGUAAAAUCAAAGGUUUCAUGGAAGAAGACAUGUAGGACUUCAAAAUAAAUGUUUUUUUCUCGGAAACGUAGGGUACCAAAAAGACUCUGUGCCAUAUUUUAGGGUUCAAAAAGACUUUUAGUCAUGUAAAAUCAUUUUUAAAUAGAAAAAGACACGUAAGGCUUCAAAAUAAAUGCUUUUUCUCGGAUAUAUGUGGUUUAAAAAGACUAUCGGUCAUUAUUUAGGGUUCAAAAAGACUCUCAGCAAUUUAAAAUCGAUGUUUUAAUGUAGAAAAUGCAGACAGAUUGAUAUAGAACUUCAAAAUACAUGGUUUUCCUCAAAAAUGGUUUUCGCAUACAGUUCAAGUCUCUGGAUUUUUUUUCUCGAAUAUUCUACGAUUAAAUUGAAGAAAAUUUAUCAAUCACCAACUUUCACAAUUUCCACGUCGAACUCUGCUUUUCCUGAAAAUGGAGAAAAUAUUCAAGAGGCCACUUGGAAUUAUUGAACAUCUCAAAGCAAUCUUAUGAAAAAUCAUUAUUCCAACUUUAUCAAACUAACUUAUCACAGAGAAAAUUAAGACAUGCACUUUAAUAAAUUACACAAAAUUCUUUCAAUCAAUUCGAGAAUGAAAAACUUUCCUCAAUUUCGCAUUAAGGCCAACAUUUCGAAGUUGUAUAGGUGAUUCACGGCUGGCUUGAGCCAUCGAAAAAAGAGUCCUGACACGAUAAUAAAUGAGACAGUGUCUGGCUGAUGGAGAGCGCAGACAGGCCAAGCCCCUUAGCGUCCCAAGUUAGCCGUGAACCGACUAUAGCUUAUAAUGAUAAUAUUUAUUUACAGGCAGAGCAAAAUGACAUUUACGAGAAUUUUGAAAGAAUAAUUGGCAAUGAAGCCUGAAAAAAUAAAUAAAAGGUGAUAGAGCUUUAAUUUGAUUCAUAUGAGUAAUUUCAGAUGAUUCUGAUUCUCGGUUUUUUUCUGUAAAUGUCUUUUAUUUAGAAGAUAAGACCGAUAAAAAGGUUGAAAUUGCUGAAGAGUUUCUAAAAUUUUCUUGAUGCUAUAUUUUUUAAAAAAAAGUUGAUGUAGCCAGAAUCGUGAUUUCUCAAAAACCUCAAAGAAUAGGGGCAGGAUAUUAUCCCUACAUAGGCAAAGUUGGAGAGGUGGAAAAGGCUCCAUAGAAAUGUUCCUUUUUUGAAGAAAAAGGUUCUUUUUUCCUGUUUUUUGCACCAUUUUGUGCUGCCUCUCCCUUAUUCUCCCAUUUCUUGAGCCUUUAAAAUCCCAGAAACAAUGGAAGACUCGAAAAAGGACUCUUUUUACUGCCUUUCUGGGGCCUUUUUGGGCCUUCCCUGUUAAGCGACCAUUAUCCACCUUUUGACUUUGCCCGAGUAGAAUAUCAUCGAACUCAAAAGUCCAACUGAAAACUAAAUUCCUUUUUUUUUUACAGUGGCCGCCAUGCCACAGCAUAGCACUGAGGCCAGAAGUCGCUGAAGGCGUAAGUUUCUUUUUUAUUGUGUUCAAUAUUUUUAAAAAACUAAUUUGAGCUGAUUUUUGGGUACCAGCGCUCAAAAAAAUUCUAAUAUUUUUCUUCCGGAGAAAAUCUUUGAUACACUUGAAUAGUAGUCCAAUCACUCUAUGUUUGAAUGAAAUAUAAAAUUUUUUUAAGAAUCAUAGAACUUUUUGAGUAUUCUAAAAUAAGGGAUAAGAGACCAUCGUAUUGGGAUAUCUAACAUGGUUUCGUUUCAGACAAGGGACUUCUUGCGAGAGAACCGGCACGCAAGACCCGGCGUCGGCAGACUGUACCACGCCAGCAUCUGGACGGACCAGUUCGGAACAGAGGUGAGUUCUUUGAUCCGCCUUUUUUUCUAUCUAGUAUGACCUUACUGAUUAGUAGAGCUUCCAACCCCUUGAGAUAUAUAGUCUGUUCAUAUUUUGAAUGUCAAGUCGUCGCUCAAGCUCCGCCCCUAAUGGUGCGAUAAACCAAUCAGAGAGCGAGCCAUCCACAGAGUUUUUUUCAAUGACGUCAUUGCGCUUGACAUUAAAAAUCUGAACAGACUAUAGUCCGUUUUUUGCGACUGGGACGGGUUUUCUCUGCGCCCUCCUUAUCUCUCAACUCUCAUGUUUUCCAUGUUUCUCUGACCGGUGAGGGAACAGAGAGACGCAGACACGUGAAAAAUGUCAAGUUGCGGCGCGAGGACUAUAUGUAUAAUUUUGUCUACAAAAAAAAAGUUAUAGACAUUUUUUGAAGAGAAAACGCUCGAGUUAUCUUUAAAUUUAACCUACAAUUUUUCGAAAAAAAAUUUAACUUUUUUUCAAAGCUUAUUCUAGUCCGUCGAGAAAAGAGAAGGAUUUUGUAUCAUUCGAUAUUUUAUCGAUUUUAAAAACUCACAACCAGUAAGAGCCCUGAAAAUCUCACAAAACGGAGUUUGAAAAUGAGAAAAUUUAUUUUUACAGCACGUCGAACUGACCCUGUUCGUUCCGACCGAACAAGAUGUCGCGGUUCGUUUUUUUUUUUUCUGAUUCUAAAGACUCAAGAAAUGGUGGAAAAAGGUAGAGACAGCAAAAUAGUGCAUAAGAGCCGAGGAAAUGGCGCAAAAGGCAGCAAAAAAGGAGCCUUUGUGACCUUAAAACGAACUUUUCUAUGAAGCCUUUUUCCACCUUUUCCGACUUUGCCUAUGAUUGAUUGAAAUGUCUAAAAAGUUUUUUUGAGGAAUAAAAAAACUAAAGAUUUAAUUUUGAGACAGUUUCUGCGAUUUUUUUCUUUCAAAAAAAUACAUUUUUAGGCAAAAAGAAGGACACGGCUUUAUUAUAUAAGCUUUUUUUAUAAGCCGUGUCCUUCUUCUAUAUAAGGUUAACCUGAUGGAAUUUCAACCAAUUUCUAGUUUUUCCAACUUGUUAAUGGUUCAAAAAAUAAUCUCUGAAUCUGUACUUGCAUGAACAUAUUAUUUCAGUCGAUCCGGGAAGAGGCGCUUGAAGUAGAAGCCAAAAGGAGAGAGCCGGCGCCGCCAAGGCCUCAAAACCGCAGGCCCUGCGAAUUCGCCAGAGUUCGUUUUUCAGUAUUUUCAAGCUCAAUAUAUUAUUAUUCAUGCUUCAUCAAAAGUUUGGAUGAGAGAAAUAAACCUGAAUGCCUGAAAAUGUGAAGUGAACAUGAAAAAAAAGUCUGACGUUUUUUUAAAUCGAUUCAGCAUCGAAAAGUAUUUUUUUCGACUCUAAAAACUAAAAAAAUUUUUAAAAAAAUAAUCUCAACUUUGAACAGCGUCUCACUACAUGAAAAAAAGACUAUUUCCAAAAAAAUUUUUUUGUAAUAAAAAAAUUCGAAUUUAUUUCAAUUUUACGAAAGAAAUUCACAAAAAAAGUCCUUUUUGAGUUUACUACGUUCCGAAUGAAACAAAUAAGACAGUGGGGCGCAGUAAACUUUUAUUUUUUUCCUAUUAGGGUCGAGGCAAAUGAAUUGAUGGCUACUGUAUCGUUUUUUUAUUAUCAUAUUACAGUUUAUGGACGUCGCCGGUCCUGAACAAGCCGUAAUAAGGCUGGAAAGAAGAGAAGAAGAACGAGAGGACGGCGAAGAUGAGGAAGAGGUCAGUACAUAAAGAAGCAUAUCUAUUGAAAAAUAAUCACACUUCUGAGUUUCUUAUUUCGAGAUUUUUCUGAUUAUUUCUUUUCGCAUGUCCGAAAUCAAAAAAUUGAACCCGAAACAGCUCCUAUGGUACAGUAAAAUCCAACUUUUCAGGCUCCCUCCACUUCAAGAAAACGCAAAGCCGAGGAAGACCUCUCGGUCCGGUCUCCGAAGGUUAGUUUGAAAAAUAAAAGAAAAAAUGAUCGAAGCCAAAAAUGCAUCAAUUUUAGGGAGAAUAUUUUCUAUACGGUUCAUUUUCCGAAACUUUCGUUGUCAUAAUAACCAUUUUGUAAGCCUGAUAUUUCAAAAUGGGUCAACUUUAUCAGAAAUAAACUUACAUUAAUUAUUUUCCAUCAAGAGAAAAGAUUGAAUGCUUUGAUUGAAUGCUCAUUUAGCUAUCUAGAAACAAUAAAAAGCUGGGCAAAAUUUUAAAAUUUUGAACUUUUUUUGAUAGAUUUUUUUCUCAUUGAGUUUUUUUAUGAAUUCAAAAACGAAAAAAGAAGAGAAAAUGUUGAAAAAAAUAUGGUCCGAAAAAAAAAUGACAUAUGAAAAAAACGAAACAGAGCCUUUUCAUGCUGUUUGAAACCAUUGGAAUCGAAAUUUCACCAAACUAAUUUUUUGAAUUAUUUUUUUCCGAAGCGUUUCGAAGGUACUUAUAUUGUCGAAAUAAUCAUUUUUCAUCAAAUUUCAAAAUGUUUAUCAGAACUAACAUGAGAUAUUUCACAACCAGGAGAAAAAUUAUCAGUCUCUUUAGAAUAGGAAAAAAAGCUGCGCAUUCAUUAAAAAUUUGAACUUUUUCCCGUUUUAAGACAAUACGGAGAUGCUUUCUUUAUGCCAAAAUGUGUAUUUCGCGCAGAUGAUUUUUUUAUCCUAAAAUGUGAAUUUCGCGCAGUUUUUUUCUUUUAAUAUAUUAUAAAUAAAUCAAUCAGGGCUGUGCGUGGGCCGGUCUUUAUGCGCGCAUCGAUCCAGGAGCUUUUUUUAGAUCUUAUUUUUAGAAUGGACAUGAAAAUUUGAGUUUCGAUCCCUCAUUGUUGAAAUUUCGAGACAAAAAAAGUGAAAAAAACUGAAAAAAAUUUUUCGACCUCUUGGCGGCUAUGGCAAACCCAGCGCACAGCUCUAAAGUUAACAACCUUAAAAAAACUUGUGAAUUUCAGAAGACAUUUGUUUGGGUCCGCAAGGAACAACGGAGAAGAGGCCCGCGGGCGAAGAAUUGGAAGGCCCAGUGCCAAAAUGGCGCUGUGUGGAUCCAGCGAACGUUGGUUUUUCUUUCUUUCAAAAAAAUAUUCAUUGUUAAUCUAGUUGUUAAGUUUUCUAAUAGUAGCACUAAAAGAUCCACGAAUGAAUCAGUGAAAAAUUGAUUUUUUGAUUUCUCUCAUUGAGGAAGCUCUAAUUUAGGGAGUAUUAAUUUAGUUCAAAUCUAGUUUCCGUGGAGUUUAAAAAAAAAUACAAAGCCUGAAAUCAUUAAUAUGUUUAAUUUGAUCAAUCUUCCAAUCUGCACUUUCUUAAAAUUUAGGGAACUGUCAAAAAAAAAUGUUAAAUUGAAAUGAAGCCGCCAAAAAGUUAACAAAAAAGAAUAAUAUUUCCACUUCUCAAUUUGAUUUUUGUUUCAAAGUUAUACAUUCGAAUAUAACAAAAAAAUCUAAUUUUAGGUAAGCGUAAUAACUUUUUUUCCAGAUCGUUCGAUUCAGCACAGGAUUAAAACUUUUUGAAAACAAUUAAAAAUGGAUUUUUCUACAUAUCUAGUAAACGAAAAAACAAAAAAAUUAGAGGAAAAUAAGGGAAAAAAACUAACCUUUCAUUCAUCUUUUUCUCCUUUUUCGAUUUCCUCUGAGCUUUGUGCAAGUCUUGAAAAAAACGAAGUGAAGAAAACAAAAAAAAUGUGAAGAAUAAAAUACACUUUUUAAUAGGAAAAUUUCAAUUUUUUUCAAAUUUUUUUGAGUAUGCGCCUAGUUUACGUAACAUUGCGACCAAUACACGCGCAAAAAAAUGACAGACUCCAUGAAAUGAACUUUUAAAGUUUGUUGAAGUAAAAUCAUCUAUAUUCAAUGAAAACCAGAAGAUUUUUUUGGUAUAUCAAGUUGUAACUCUUGCAUAAAUAUUUCAAAACUUGUGUUUCAAUUUUUUUCUUCCAAACAAAAUGAAUGUAAAAAUUAUAAUGUUUGAUUUUGACCUGCUGAAACGGAAAAACUCAUUGCAAUUCAAAUUAAUGAAUCGGAGAUGAUUUAGAAAAGAGUGAAGAAUAUUGAGAGAAGCUUGAAAAAAAGAGGGGAAAUUAUUUUUUCUCUUAGGAAUUUUUCAGAUCUCUCCUAACUAGUUAGAAAACUACGAAGCAUAUUGCAAUCCGUUUCUAAACGAAAUGAUUCAGGCCGCUGCCGAAGAAAGUGGGGCCGCAGAGGGCCGAACAACGGCGUCGGUAGAAGGAGGAGAAGGAAAAGAUGGCCAGGAAGGAGGGCCUCUCGACGACCUUGAGCCGUGGGAGCUGGAGUUGCUCGAAUUGGAGCGCUCCGAAGGCUCAGUAAGUCUUCUUCCUCUAGUCAUUUUACUUCCUAAAAACUCUCUAAAAAUAAUAAUUUGUUGAAAACUUGAAAAAAUCUGGUUAUUUGCUUUCUCUUUGUUUUCAUUCCUAGCCUUGGUGCUGACAAAAAAAAAAGUGAAGAGGUCAGAAUUUUUCCGAGCUCUUGAAUAAGUCAGUGCUCUAAAUAAAAGAUACAAAGCCGCCUGAAGACUUUUUACGCCUUUUUUGUCAGUGGAAGAAGCCGUGUUUAUAAUGAUUCCGCGAAGUUCAAAACAGCCAUUAGAGAGGGAAAAAUAUAAACGAAUUUAGGAAGUUCACAGAUUAUUUUGAAUUACGCGGAAUUACUUUGAACACGGCAUGCACGAGAGCGCCGCAGUGCACGCACACAACACGCUAUACUUUACGAAAAAAAUAUGGGCGGGGCGUCGUCAAAACUUUGCGAAAAAGCUGCUUUCGCGAAUCCGAUUGAACUUUUCAAAAAUUAUCGGUUUAGUUUCGGACGGACGACUUCUCCUCUUUGCUGGAGAGCCUCGAAGGGAGCGGCGGAGCUCCAAGGGAGGAUGGGGACGAGGACCCAGAAGUUUGUCUUUGAACUUUCUUCUCACUAAUAAUUUGGUUACUUCAUUGGAGUUUUCUUGAAAAUCCGAUAAAAAAUUUCCGAAAAACUAAGGUUUUCCUUGAGAGCAUUGAAAAAAACGAAAGAAGUUUUUUGCUGAUCUAAAAAAAUUUGUUUAGAUCGAUUUUGUGGGCGGCGCCUUGGCCCCCCAAAACGUUUCUGGAGUGGAUGAGGACGACGACAAUUCCUCAUCCAGUGCCUCGUCACCGGUGAUUUUUCUCAAUUCUCAUAUAACUGUAGUUUUCUCUUACACGGGAAGUGCAAAAGGUCGAUGCAUUGGAAUUUGAUGAAACUUGGUUUUUUCGGACCUCCUGAAUUCAUAAAAGUUGCAAAAAGUGCGCCUUUUUGGUUCUAGUCGAGUUAUUAUACGCAAAAAAUGAAUUAGUUAGACGAAGGGAAUCUCAGAUGUCAGCAGUUGACGUGGUGUAGUGGCUAGUAGUCUAGCGCUAUGGACCCUAUGACGCUGGUUCGAAUCCUUCCUUUUUGCCAAUUUUUUUCUUUGUUAGCUGUGAAAUUCACGGCUAACUUGGGACGCUGAGGGGCGUGGCGUGUCUGCGCUCUCCAUCAAACAGACACUAUCUCUUAUAUUAUCGGGUCAGGACCCUUUUUUGAUGGUUCAAGCCAGCCGUGAAUCAACUAUAAGUGCUAUUAACUUCAAUAUAUGAUUCUUGAACCUUCUUUUCAUGAUCAAUUUUCUAGCAUUUUUGGAGAUUAGAUUAGAUAUAAUUUUUUCAAGCGACCCAACAGAUACGCUACGAAUCAUAAAACGUUUAGAAAAUUUGAGAUUUUGAAGUCGUAGAUAUAAAAUUUCUCAAAUUUUAAGCUUUGCAGAUCUAAAUGUUUUUUUCCAAUCGUUUGCUCUUUGACUAAUCAGAUUCUUUUCAGGCCUCCCUGAGCGAUGAGCUCAAAGGAACUCCAAGCUCUCUUCGAGCUUGAGGCGGCCCAAGAGUUCGACUUGUCGGUUAGUUUUAUUAUUCCUUUCAUUUUCUUUUGAAAAUAAUAAAAAGAAAUUCACUGAACUAUCACAGUCUUUUUGAAAAACGUCAAAUUUCGAAAUUUUCAGUGAUUUCUCAAUCGGUAAAAAUUAUUGAAAGGAACAAGAACCAGAUAAUUAAAAAAAUUCCUAAAAAUAUACAUUUCUUGGCAAAUUAAAAAAAUAACCUUGAAUUAAAAAAAUUGAUUCAGGACGAGGAUGAGUCUUCGGACUCCUUUUUUCCUCUCCGACAAGCGGCUGGCCGCCUUCAGGAAGGCUUACGCCGAGAUGUAUCCGGCUGAGGUUAUUAUUCUGAUUUUUUUCUUCCAUUUGUCGUCGGCUUCUUCUAGACCUAAACUUUUUCUAUCAAAUAAUAAAAAAACGUUUUUUUAUUCGAAAAAAAUAAAUAGCAAAAAAAUUAGCGAAUAAAAAAAUAAAAAAAGAAACAAAAAUAUAGAAUUUUUUUCAGUUCACCAAGUUUGUUUCUGUAGAAUCUCACCGUCAUACGAAGUGUAAAAAUUGCAAUUAUUCCCGAAUUCUCGCAGAAAUUGAGCCGAAAAUUGAUGGGAAAAGGGCCAAUUGUAGACACCCCAAGCGUAUUUCUCAAUACCAUCGAAACCGUAUGAUUUCAAUUUUUAAUCGACAGCUCGAAUCGUCUAAUUCAUAGUAACAAUAGACUGAAGAAACAGAAAAAAACUUCAAAAAAACAAUCAAAGAAAAAAUUGGCGCAAAAAAACGAAAGCUUUGGCAAGGAUCUGGAGUUCUCACAGUUUUUUUAGGGCGUGCCCGUAAAGCCGAUGCGGCGCGGUUGCAAAAUAAUGUGGAUUUACGCAUCUGAAAAAUGCUUUUUAUUCAUUUUACAAGAAAAAACUGAAACCAAAAAAAUUGAAUAACUUUUUUUCUGUUCCAGUUGCACAAAGACAGUAUUUUCAAUGAAGUAGAUUAAAAAGCGUGAAUUUUUUUGAAAAAUUCUUGAAAUUUGAUUGGUUGGACUUGGAUAUAUCAUAUUGAGUGUGAAAAAAAGAUUAUCAGAAUUUUUUUAAAUAUUCGAUGUUAUUCAAGUUUUUUUAUCAAAUAUUUUUUGAAUUUAUGAAGUGCGUUUCAUCUUGAAGGUUUCAGCUUUUUGAAAUAUAACUUGAAAAAGAAUAAUUAUGUCGAAUGAUGAAAUUAAAAAAAUAACAAAGAGAUUUUUUGAAAAAAAAAAGCUUCAGCAAUUUCCUCAAUCAGUCUAAUACGGCGUGAACUGGAAAAUUUUCAGAAUGUCCAAAAUUUCGAAACUUGAAAAAAGUUCAAAUCUAGAACAUUUUAAGAAACCUUUCUAGUGAAAUAGAUUCCGCCUCUUAUCUUUUUUUUAAUGUUUCUAAAUUUGGAUUUCAGUAUAACGAAGAGGAGGAGGAAGUCGAAGACGAAGAGGAGUAUGAAGAAGAAGGAGAAGAUGAGGAAGAAGGAGAAGAUGAGGAAGAAGGCGAAGACGAAGAAGAGGCCGAAGGCGAAGAAGAAGACGAAGGCGAAGAGGAAGAUGAGGAAGAAGGCGAAGACGAAGAAGAGGAAGACGAGGAAGAAGAGGAAGAAGAGGAAGAGGACGACGAUGACCAGUCCGGUCCAGCCGUCCAGCCUGCCGCAGCCCCUCCACAAGCUGCGGCAGGUGCUGCCGGACCUGGUCAAGCCCUCCGUCAGCCCGCUCGUCAGGUAACUAGCAAAUUUAGUGAAGAGAAAAAUGAUUAUAAAAGUUUUUUUCCCUUUAUUAACUAAUAUAAAAAGUUUUUAAAAAAAGCAAAUUCCCGUUUAACCGAGAGUUUUAUUGCGCAUUUUUCGAAGCAAAUUUUUCGACUUGAACUACAAAAAAAGCAAAAUUUUCUUAAGUUGCAAAUAAAAAGUCGAAAACAGAAAAAAAUAUAACGGAUAUCCGGAAAUUCAAAGAUGAUUUUGAACUUCGCGAAAAUAACUUUGAACACAUCAUGUGCGAAAGCGCCGCAGUGCAUGCACACGACACACUGAACUUUACAGAAAAAUAUGAGUUUCGUCAAAAAAACGCCGUGACUAAAAUAAUCCUUGAUGAACCCGAUAAAAAUCCGAAAAGUUCCAAUUUCUCCAGAAUUUUUGAGAGUAAGAGCCCUUUUUUCUCGGAAAUCAGGGUCUAGUGUGUGUUUUUUUUAAGAAUACGCUGUGCCAUAUUAUUUUUCGAAUUGACGCAUAAAAAAUGGACCUGUUUCAGCGCGCCAACCCCGUCUUUGGCCCCGCUCAGCGUGCCUCCAGACGGCAGAGGGGCUUGGGCGUUGGCCAGGCCGUCCGCCGGUCGCCACCAACCCUGGCCGGUCUUUCUCCGGCCCAGCUCCUUGAGCACAUCAGAAAGGAGCUGGAGGACAGGCUGGUGGAUGGGGGCACCGGCGACGAGGAGCUCCGUAGGAUCGGCCGGCUAUCCUCGGCGAUGACGUCGCUCACCGCAAUUGAAAAUGGCCGCCGGGUCAAUGGAACGCAGAUGGCCAGGAUUUUGCGGAAGAUCCAAAUGGCAUACUGA